AGCGUGGGAGUAGAGAGCAAACGCCAGCGAGGACGUUAUAUUGCACAGGCGUUAUCACAGUACCCGAGAAUUCGUGGGCGCUCCAGAGGAUGGGUGUGGGCUGGUGGCGCAGGCGCGCUAGAGGCCUGUAGGGUCGGGGCGCCUGCGCAGUCGCUCUUCCUCAGGCGGCCGCCAUGGCGGGACAGGAGGAUCCGGUGCAGCGGGAGAUUCACCAGGACUGGGCUAACCGGGAGUACAUUGAGAUAAUCACCAGCAGCAUCAAGAAAAUCGCGGACUUUCUCAACUCGUUCGAUAUGUCUUGUCGUUCAAGACUUGCAACACUAAACGAGAAAUUGACAGCCCUUGAACGGAGAAUAGAGUACAUUGAAGCACGGGUGACAAAAGGUGAGACACUCACCUAGAACAGUGACGUGCUGCUGCUGGGAAGUUGCUUUACACAACACAGGCCACAUGGGAAAGGCCCCAGCAGCCUUCAGCUCCUUCCUUUCUCCUUAAAGAGCAACAGGGCUUAUUCUUGUUUUCUUUUUUCAAAAGUAUGGCCUUUGGGUUCUGCCAUCUGGGGUGUGGUGUGUUAUGUGGGGAGAGGUCCAGAGGAACUGUUGGAAACGACAUGAGGCAUUUUACCUUUUCAGUAACAUUUUAUAGAUCUACUUGUCAAUGUAUUUGAGACAUUCACAGCCAAAACCCUGGGACUCUUUGUAAAGGUCCUCCCCGCCUCUAUCUUUCUUUCUCUCUCUCUCAACCUUUCCUUAAAGUUCUCAUUGCCUUUGCACUGCUUCUGUGAACAGUCUUUAUCUCCUCCCCACCUUUGACAGGCCAAGACACUCAUGCCCUGGCAAUGUGGCUGCCAGAGAAUGUUGUUGCAGACCCACCAGUUUCUUGUUGAUUUGGGGAGGUCAAGGCCAGGCCCCCACUUGGCUUGAAGGGACAUUUUUAGACUUUUCUUUCUGUCACUUGGGAGUGUCUAUGCCUCUCAUAUUUCCCUAAUAAACUCAACUUUUUAUCUGACUGCUGUGAUUAUGGUGGGGAGAGGAGCUAGAGGUGGACUUACUUAUUGCACAGAAAUGUAAUAUAUGGCAUUAUUAUUCUAACAUAAAAGUUCCAGAUGCAGCUGUUUGAUUCAAAGCCUAGGUGGCUUACCAGGCCCAAGUCCCCAUGUUUGGACUCUGAGCUGACUAGCUCAUCCUGGGAAUCAUUUGGUCAUUCAGCACAUUUACCAAGUAUUUACUAUGUAGGCAUGUUAAACUCCAAUAAAAGAUACAGCAUUGAAUCAGA